AACUUUUGAUUAUAUAUUGAGGGGGUAGGUGGCCUAUACCGAAUCCACAUUUAAACCUUAGGAUCGGAUGUUGUAAGCAGGACAAAUGGGCCUGUUAGAUAAACUGUCGYGAUGGCUGGGUCUGAAGAAGAAAGAAGUGAARGUGUUGUGUUUGGGACUGGACAACAGCGGGAAAACCACCAUCAUCAACCAACUCAAACCCAGUAAUACCCAGACACAAGACAUUGUCCCAACUAUUGGCUUCAAUAUAGAACAAUUCAAGAGUUCAAGUUUGUCUUUCACAGUGUUUGACAUGUCUGGUCAGAGCAGAUAUAGAAACCUAUGGGAACAUUACUACAAAGAGAGUCACGCAAUCAUAUUUGUCAUCGAUAGUGGAGACAAGUUACGAAUGGUCGUUGCCAAAGAGGAGCUUGAUACUCUUCUCAAUCACCAAGACAUCUGCAGUAGGAGGAUCCCUGUGCUGCUCUUUGCUAAUAAGAGUGAUCUGAGAGAAGCCAUGUCUUCAGUCAAAGUCUCUCAGCUGCUCUGUCUGGAGAACAUCAAGGACAAGCCCUGGCACAUCUGUGCCAGUAAUGCUGUAAAAGGAGAGGGCCUACAGGAGGGGGUGGACUGGCUACAAGGUACAUAACUGUGUGUGCAUGUACGUGUACUUUUUUCUGAUGGAAUUUUGUCACCAAUAUUGAAUCAUUCUGUUUUGUUCUACCUUACCCAUAGAGCAAAUUGCACCGUAAGUAUCAUGUGAGCUCACAUUAGUUUAUGUCACUGUGGUGGACUUAGAGGAUGAUGUUGUUGAUGGGUUUGGAGCAGGGGAGACUAUUCAGUUUGUAACAGGUAUAAUGUUGACGUGUGUCUCAUGAUGAUUCAUCUCCCCUACUCUUAACCCUCUAGUGCUGUACUUUUCUAAUGUAGUUGUSGAACUUCAGGUCUCAUUGUUGAGGCUGUUUGUUGUUGUAACUAUCAUCUCAUGAAUUGUCCAUAUAUUUAUAAACAUAUAUUGUCCAUAUGUUUAGAAACAGAUCAUAUCAGAAUAAUGAAUGAAAUGAAAGAAUGAAAGGCUUACGAUGAAGGAUUGUGAUGGAGAGAGGAGGGACCUCCACAACUACAGCAUGGCUCCUCCAGCCGGCCGUGUCAUUGCUUAUCUUCUCUACUUAUCUACAUACAGUAUGUGGUGCAAGGGAAUCAUUUGUUUUACUCUGUCAUGAUGCCUACUGUAUGGUACUGUUGUAAAGUGUUGAUGUGAAGUGUUGUUGAACCGCUUGCUGCAGUGAAGCGAGACCACCCUCUAAGAUGGAUGGCAGGUAGUCUAGGGGUUUUAAGAGCGUUGGACCAGUAACUGAAAUGUCAAUGGUUCGAAUCCCCAAGCCAACGAGGUGAAAAAU